AUGAGAAGUGCCGUGGUUCUUUACUCUGAAACUAAAGAAGAGAUGAUGAAGAAAAUAAUGCUAAUAGUCGAAGAACAAACUGCUAAAUCUGACUCCGAAACAUCAAGAAUUCGUAAUAUAAAGGACCGAUUGGACGAGACUUUCGGUCCGAACUGGAAUAUUUUCAUGGCCGAUUGUCGAUGCUGGUCGUUGAAGACCUACAAACAGGGCACAAAUGUUGUCUUUGAGUAUAAUAAUGUGAAAAUGACUUUUGAAGAACCUGAUGCUGAUCUCUUAGUGCAUUUAUUUGAUGAAAUUAACGAGUCUGAGUCCCGCCUACCCACUGAGGAAUACUAUCAUCAUCUUCUAAAAUGGGGUAUUUCAAGGGACAAAGCAAGGAACUAUGUUGCUAUGUUCGAUCCCAAGGGUACUGGCUUUGUGAGACGAGACGAUGUUUGUAACGCCUUACACUUCUUCCCAAGCGAACCCGGAUUUCUGGCAGAUGUGGAUGUUCUUUCGAGUGAUAUGUCUCAGCGAAAACGGGAAUCAGUUAUUAAAAUAAUUAUCUCCACUCUCGCCAUGAAGAAGCCAAAGAAGGAUAGGCUUCGAAUUAUCAAGCAGAAAUUGGACUCUCUCUAUGGUGUUGGUUGGAACGUUUACAUCGCUGAAGGUCGUUAUUGGGCUGUGUGCUCCCACAAACCAGGAUCCAAUUUAACAUUUUUGCAUAAUGGAAUUGUGUAUGGCGUUUUCCAAACACCUUCCGAAGCUGAUUUCCCGGAUGGUGGGCAUCAGCAUCGUCGUUAG